GCUGUGUCCGAACAACGCUUCGUUAGGACUAGAAAAGAGAGAAGAAGAAGGAAAAAGGAGGGGGAGGAGGAGAAGGAGAAGGAGAACUAGAAGAAGAUCAAAAAGAACUAUUGAGUAGCAAACUAAGCGUUUCACAUUUAAAGCUAAAAUUGGGCCUCAAGAAGGUUUGAUUUGAUAUUAAACCGUAUGUUUCAUAUCAUAAUGGGGAAGGCAUCAUUACUAGGCCAGAGGGUGGCAGUAAUGCGCAAUCAACACUGAAAACCGACCGCCAUUACGGAUCACGAAAAAGAGGCAGCAGGAAAAAAGCUAACAUGACUGGAAGCUAACUUGAUAAACACAACCGAAACAGGUAAGAUUUGAAACUUUAAGGCGCCUAGGGUUACUUCUGAGUUCUAUUUUUUGCUGUUUACUGUUAUGUAUGACAUAAUGUGACACACACUUGAGGGUUGAAGUAGGAAAUCCACGUCAGAGACGUAUUUUGGGCUGUAUUUCAGGAAGUUGACGUCGGUGAUCUGCUGUAAUUGUUUGUCUGGGGUUUGUUUAUUACCUCAUCAGAUCUUCUCCACGUUAGACCAAUGAAAUACUAGGCUAACGAUUGCUUUGAAGACUCUUUAAAAACACACAAUAUCCUUUAUUUUUUCCUUUUCACACAGGCCUUUAAAGCUUGGUGUCAAACAAUGUUCCAGCCAGGAUGGGACAGACUCUGUGCAUUUGCUCCCGCGGCUCCAUCACCAUCGACAACAUGAGAUAUUACUUUGUCCAGAAGUUAGACGAAGGGUAAGUUAACCCUAAUGUUAGUGUUUUUCCACAUUAUGUUUGUCUCACUCCAUCUGAAAUGUAAAGUACUGCCCUGCUUACACGUAGAAAACAAGUACAACUUAAAGGGAUAUGACGGUGUAAAAUUAAUUUAGUGUAAAACACACUGUAACACAGAGUUAGACACCCCCUCCAGAGAUGAAUGUUGCUGACUGCUUGAUUCUCUAGUUAUACAAACUUUAGUAACGACCGCACGAUAGCAAUACACAGCAGUCUGAGGAGGCAUAAACAAACCUCAACCAAAGCACCACUCUAUAGCCACAAAUAAUGCUCAGAACAGCACCUAACUUCAUCAACAGUACAUAUAUGAUCCCAGCCACAGCACUAGCCACCAAACAUCUUUUUAGCUUUGCCUGAUUUCUUUAGCAAAGAGACUAAACACAACUCACCUACCCUAUGAACUACUAAGGAAGAACAUUUAUGAUCAUUACUAGUUCUUCUGCCUUGGCGUCUCGGUCUGAUUGCAUUUCCGUGAAGAGAUGAUCAUAAAUGUUCUUCCUGGAGCCGCAUCACCCAGCUGUAGUCCAUAAUGGACUGGCCCAAGGUCUUGCUACAAACAAGCGGCUGCUGGAAGAGAGUAGGUGAGUUGUGUUUAAUCACUGUGCUAAAGAAAUUAGGCAAAGCUAAAAAGAUGUUUGGUGUCUAGUGCUGUGGCUGGGACCCUAUAUGUACUGUUGAUGAAGUUAGGUGCUGUUCUGAGCAUUAUUUGUGACUAUAGAGUGGCGUUUUGGUUGAGCGCGUGGCUCUCUGUAUUGCUGUCUUAUAGUUGUUACUAAAGUUGGUGUAACUAGAUAAGCAAGUGGUCGGCAAUAUUCAUCUCUCAGGCAGCUGUCUAAUACGGUGUUACAGUAACUUAAUUUUAUGCCAGAAUAUCCCUUUAACCUGGGUCCUUUUUGGUUUUAACUGUUAAUCUUGUUUUGUAGUGUUACCCUAUGGACCCUCGCAGAACUCUAAUAUAUGCUUGUGUUUUUCAGUGGGUUCAGUUAUGUUGAUCUGGUAGAGGGUGCAAAAGAUGGGCGCUUUUAUGCCCUGAAGAGGAUCCUGUGCCAUGACCGAGAAGGCCGUCAAGAAGCGCAGACAGAGGUGGAGAUGCAUCAGAUGUUUAAUCACCCCAACAUCUUGAGCCUGGUUGCUCAUACCUUUGUUGAUCGUGGAGGCAAGAGUGAAGCCUGGCUACUUCUGCCUUAUAUUAGAGUAAGUUGAUUCAGCAGCCAGUUUUCCCAGGAUAUUCUCCUACAUUUUGAAUUAACCUUGUUGAUGUGUGAAUGUCAACAGAAAGGGAGUCUAUGGUCCGUUUUGGAGAAGUUAAGGGAUAAGGGGGCCUGGAUGCCUGAAAAACAGAUUUUGCAAAUCUUCCGUGGCAUCUGCUCUGGACUCAAGGCCAUUCAUGAAAAAGGAUACGCGCACAGGUAACAUAUCCCCUUAUACACAUGCACACAUACUCAAAACAAACAUUUACACAGGACGACCUACUGAUUGUAGGAUCUUUCUUACAUAAGUAAUGUUACCAGUCUAUUCAUGAGCGUACUGCUUUUAUACCAGUUGCAAUUCUUUGUUGUCAUUUCUAUGUAGCAACUUUUGUAUAUUCCUGUUCAGCUCUUACUCACCUACUCACCUCUGCACUUUAUAUUUCUACUUUAAUAUGACAGGGACCUAAAGCCCACAAAUGUGCUUCUAGAUGAAGAUGACAGGCCAGUUCUGAUGGACCUUGGCUCUAUGAACCGUGCCAGGAUUGAGGUACUGGUCUGUUUAGAGUCCUGAAAGAUUUUAAUAAAUGAGAAUAUUUGACUGUGCAAUGGUACUGUUGGUCAAACAGAUAAGUUUUUGAUGAACACAGGAUAUUUAAUCUUUGUAAUUUUGUCAAAACACAGCUUAUAAUUCUAUUGAUUUGUCAUCAAUUUGAAUUUAAGCUUCUAGUAAAGAGAUGCCUAAGUGAUUUUAUUGACUAAUGCCAAUCUCGAGGAGGACAUUUCUCACAUUUGGGAAAUAAUUUUAACCAAUUAUGGAACCUUUGAUCCUUAUAAUGAUCUUCCACAUGGUGCUGUUGGAAUUUUUGAAAAUAUUUUCAAUGAACUUUUACUAACAGUUUGUUUAUUUCAGGUUAGAGGAACCAGAGAAGCCAUGACUAUACAAGACUGGGCAGGCCAGAGGUGCACCAUCUCCUACAGAGCUCCUGAACUCUUCAAUGUGGAGAGUCACUGCAUAAUAGAUGAGCGCACAGAUAUUUGGGUAAAGCCUUGUUUUGUUUUUUCAUCUUUCUCUACUGAUGUAUGUUACUCACGCUGUGUUUGAGUGACUAUAUCUUUGCUACCUUUUCUCCUCUAACUUGAUGUCUCCCCAUAGUCACUUGGCUGUGUGCUUUACUGCAUGAUGAUGUUGGAGGGGCCAUAUGAUAUGGUGUUCCAGAAAGGGGACAGUGUUGCCCUGGCUGUUCAGAAUCCAGUGGCCAUCCCACGGUCAUGCAGGUCAGUUUUCAGACUGUAAUAUAAGCCACGGCGUAACUUGAAGAAAGUGUCCUGUGGAUGAAAACAACAGAAUGUGUCAUUUUGAUUGUGGAUAGGGAAAGGAUAAGUCCUUAACUUUGUAGUAAAUGUUAUGAGGCAUUUCUCAUUUUACUCACAGAGUCAACAAACCACACUUGUUCUGACUUAGUGUCUGUUUCUCUCACACCCAGUUACUCCGAGGGCUUGCAGAUGCUGCUGAGCUCCAUAAUGGUGUCGAAUCCUCAGGAGAGACCAAACAUCCACUGGGUUCUUGACCAGGUACAGGACCUGCAGAGUCGCAGUCCUAACACCCAAACCAACAUGGUCUGAUCUUGCACGGUGCACUGGACAUGGGGUCUUGGGAACCUUGGAACACACAUUGACACCUCCUCUUCUUCUUCUAUCUUGAAUUUCUUCUCUUUUAUUCAUUGACCUUAAUGUUAGAGCCUCCCACUCAGUUUGGGGAAUUCGGCACCUGUAUAAAGUCUCAUUUUUAAACAGUUAUACCACUCUGCCAAUCGCACUAGACUUGUGCAGUCCUUGCAAACUUGGUGAAUAAGAUUUGAGGAAAAAAUCAAGCAAGGCCUCACAUUUAAUUUGAUCAAUAUAUUAUCAUGUUAAGUUCAAAUGUUGCUUUUUAGGGAGAAUCCAACAUUUAAAACAUGUAUCUGUUCAAUUCAUUGAUUAUAAAACGAGAUAAGAGGAUGAGAAAAAAACUCUGUCAAACGUGCAGCAAGCCAGCAGCUCUUAAUGCAAAGCUGACCCAAGGGAGUAAGUAUGUUUCUAACGUAACAAAUAUUUUGCAUCUUUAAUAGGUAUAGGAAUAAUUUUGAGACUUUGCCAAACUUUCCAACGGUUAAAAGUGACCUCAGUUUAAUACAUAUCAGAUCACAUUCCCCAUGAAUUACCAAUGUUAUUAAUCUCCCUUUAUGCCUUUCUUGUAUAUUUCUGAAUUUUCUUUGUAAUUGCACUUCUGCGCUGUAAUCUUAAACAUGCAACUGCACCUGCAGCAGUUCUUCACACUCAGACACUAUUUAUAUCACACCUCAUUUGCAAUGCUGCAUUUGAACACACAGAGGUGCUCCACCAUCACAGUCUUCUGCUCCAUAUAUGGUCGUGGUUGUUGAUCAAGACUCUGUAAAGCUCUUCAUGAGUGAACGGGCUCUUUGUAAAACACAGCCAGGAGUAUCUGCUCUCACAUAAACACGUCUUAAAUGAAGAGGUCGGGUCUGGCUGUUCCACAUCGAAACCGCGGGAUCAACCAGAACUCAUUUGACAGAAACUUGAUUUUACUGAAUUAAAUUAUUUUAUUUAAUCGUAAGUUAAAGUCAUUGUCAUACCUGAUGAUGCAGUUUAAUCUUUUAUUCCUCUUUUAUCCGUUCUUUAACAGAAUUUACCAUUUCUGAUUUACUCGUGUUAAAUCCUGAGUUUGCUGUAGAGUGUCAAUGUAGUCUCACACUUUUUGUUAUCUCAGGGUUCACCCACAUCUCAAAGUAUCAAACACAGUCAACCCUAAACGGUACCAUUUAAGCUAUAAAAUAAUACUUUGGGCAUUUAGAUCAAAGUUUUUGCUUUUGUGACUUUGUAAUGCAGUGGUAUUGGACCUAAUAGAGCUGCAAUUUUCCUUGGAAGUAAACUUGUACAGUUGGUUGUUUGAACUGUGAUUCUCUUUAUGUUGAAAUAUAUCACCUUUUUAAUCCUUUUUGGUUUGCCUUUGUUAAAUGAACAUGAAUUUUGAUAUAGUAAGUCAUGUCAGAAGGAUAGUGGCACACAGCACAGGUUGUUGAAUUUGAUUAAAACGACUGAUUAAAUAAACUUGUAUGAAGUAAGUGAGUUAUUUGACCUUGUGUUAAAAUCUGUUAACAGUACAUUUCACCUGUCAUUCACUGCACAGUAAAGCAUACAUCACUAUCAGAUAUAUAGCACUCUGUAUACAGUUUUUAUUAUUCUAAAAUAAAGAGGCAUCCUAUGAACUAUCUUUAUAAA